GCUUGGCUUGGAUUGGUUUGUUCGUCAACAUGAAGAUCUGGGUCCUAGCGGCCGUUAUUGUGGCCGUGUCUUCGGGCCGCCUCAAGCUAAAUAGCGAAGGAGAAACAUCCCAAUGGCUUUGGGAAGCCGGUAAAUUGUACCGUUAUGAUGUCGAAACACAUACUUUGGCACACCAAAUGGAAGGCGCUAGUACUGGAAACUCCUUUAAAGCCCGUUUUACUGUUCGAGUAAAGGCUCCUGGACAUCUUCAGGCUAAAUUUGAAAAUGCGCAAAAUGCUCAAGUUCAUCAAGAACUAAAGCGCCACGAGCCAAUGCCUGGGGAUCUCAAAUACCAGCCCGUUCCGAACUUUGACAAGCCUUUCGAAAUCUUUUAUGAAGGUGGUAGAGUAGUCUCACUUAGUUUACCAUCUUCGGUCUCCCUUGCUCAAGAGAAUUUGGUAAAGGGUCUUAUUGGUGCACUUCAAGUAGAUUUAUCUACCUAUCGCAAUGUACAUAGUUCCCAUGACACUUACGACAAGGAAAGUCAACAGGGCUUGUUCAGGAAAAUGGAGGCUGACGUCACUGGCGAUUGCGAGACUCUUUACACAGCGUCUCCAGCUCCUCCUGAAUGGAGACGUGAACUCCCAGCAUUUACUGAAGAGGAAGAUCCCAUUGAAAUCACUAAAAGUAAAAACUAUGGUCAUUGCCAUCAUAGAGUUGAUUAUCAUUUCGGUGUUCCCGAAGGUGCUGAGUGGACCGGUACUGCACACAAACCUAGAAAGGAACAGUUUAUAAAACGAGCUACACUUUCAAGAAUACUUGUUGGUAAGAAUGGUCCCAUCUAUAAGGCUGAGACAACCAGUACCGUUAACGUGCACCCUCAUCUAUUUGGCAAGCAAAAAGCUGAAGUCCACAGUAAGGUCAGUUUCCAAUUAGUUUCGUUCGAACAAGAUUCGGAGGCUGAGUGGUCACAAUCUGAAGGUAAUCGUGAAAUACCCAGUCUUCUGUACUCUUUGAACUCAAAACCAAGAGAUAUUAAUGAGGAUAGUUCAUCGUCUUCUGCAUCCCACGAAUCAGUUGAACAACUAAGCCACAGUAAAAAAUACUCCCGUAAUCGUCGCUCAGUGAAACCAAAUAUGGUUGUAUCUAUCAAUAAGAUGAUUGUUAAAAAUCGCAAUGAUAAAUCAGAUUCCUCAAGUUCCAGCGAAUCUGCUUCUGCCUACGUCAAUGACGAUAUUCCUAAAAACAAUGAACCUGCAUAUGCAGCUAUGUAUAUGAAUCCUCAGCCUCACGGUGAUAAGAAACAGAAUCCAAUGAACGCUCAAAAGCUUGUACAAGAGAUUGCACAACAAUUACAGAAUCCAAACAAUAUGCCAAAAUCAGAUUUCCUUUCCAAAUUCAACAUUCUCGUUCGCGUCAUUGCUUCAAUGAGCUACGGUCAACUUAGUCAAACAAGUCGCAGCAUUGAAAUCGCCAAGUCAAGCAAUGAUAAUGUUAAAUUAGACAUGUGGAUGAUCUACAGAGACGCAGUGACACAAGCUGGUACAUCUCCAGCGUUCCAACAAAUCAAAACAUGGAUUGAAAAUAAAAAGAUUGAAGGAGAAGAAGCGGCUGAAGUGGUUGCGGUUCUCGCUAGAUCUCUACGUUACCCAACCAAAGAAACGAUGACUCAGUUCUUUGAACUUGCUAUGAGCCCAGAAGUUACCCAACAGACUUACCUUAAUAGCUCAGCCUUAAUUGCCGCCACCAAAUUCAUUAACAUGGGCCAAGUGAACAACGAAACUUCUCACCGUUUCUACCCUUCACAUAUGUACGGUCGUAUGGCCCGUAAACAUGACACUUUUGUUGUAGACGAAGUCCUUCCUCGUCUUAGUGCAGUAUUGAAACACGCUAUUGAACAAGGUGAUAGUCAUAAAUCGCAGGUAUAUGUUAAAGCUAUUGGUAAUCUCGGUCACCGUGCUAUCUUGGAUGUUUUCGCUCCAUACCUUGAAGGCAAAACUCAGGUAUCAACAUAUCUUAGAACGCAAAUUGUUGAGAACCUAAGAGUUUUAGCUAGACAAAGAGAUAGCCAUGUGCAGGCUGUACUAUACAGCAUUUUAAGAAAUACUGCUGAACCAUAUGAAGUAAGAGUAGCUGCAAUUCAAAAUAUAUUCAUGAGUCGUCCAUCAAGUGCCAUGAUGCAAGCAAUGGCGCAAAUGACUAAAGAAGAUCCAAGUAGACAUGUACGUGCUACUCUUAAGUCUGCGAUUUUAUCAGCUGCUGAACUUAAACAUCCAUAUUUCUCUGACCUGGCAAGAACGGCCGAAGCUGCGAAAGAUAUGGUUACAGAUGAAAGCUUUGGUAUGCAAGACUCUAAGAAGAAAUUCAUGCAAUUCAAUAACAAAGAAAAUGAUUAUGAUGAGAUGGGUAUCCAAACAAUAAUCGGUAGCAAAACUACCCUACUGCCUAAAACCUACCAAUAUUCGUGGAGAAAUAGAGUUAGGGGCUGGGAUGAAGAAAUUACGUACUAUUUCGCUACUUCUAAUAGACAAAAAACAGUUAACUUUUUCUUAAAUGAAGUUUAUGAGAGAAUUCAAAAGAGCCGCGACGUUAAAACACACAAAUAUUCAGCUCAAAAGAUAGCAGAUAUUCUAAACAUUGAAAAUAAUGACGACGAACUUUUGGAAGCAUCACUUUAUUUGGACUUCAUGAACCAACAACGAUUAUUCGCCUUCACUGAAAAUGAUAUUAAGGAAUUUGGUGUCCGGUUUGGCGAAUACUUAUCAAACUUGCCUAAUGGUAUCACCAAGCACUAUACCAAAGUUGUAAAUAUGAAACAAGUGUCAGUGAUGUUCCCCGUGGCUGCUGGUGUUCCUUUCAUAUUCAAAUACAAAGAACCAACACUUUUCCACAUUCAAACAAGUACUACUGGAAAGUACAACCUUGUGGAUGGAGAUCAUUAUAAAUUUGACAUGUCUCUGGACACAGACAUCGUACUUACUUAUGCUGCCAAUCAAGACGGAUCUGUUGGUUUUCUUGACCCACUUUCAAAUCAAUAUCCUAGUGUUGGUUUGGUUCAAAAAUUCCAAGUAAAUAUUCCUGUUAAAAGUCACUUGCAGCUUAAAAAUGGUGAGUUGAAAUUAAGGCUGGCGCCCAGGGAACCUGAACAAGAUAGUACAAUUGUCCAUUAUAGUGUAUGGCCAUAUACCGCUAAUCAGAAGAAAGACAGCCUGGUAACCGUAUCACAGGACCCGACCACAAAAGUUAUCACAAGACCUAACAAAGUAUGGGCAAUUGAUUACAAAUUUGGUCAGCAAAUCGGAUCACCAUUCCAAAUUCAAGGAUAUUCCUACUCUAUGGACUAUAGAAGCAUUGGCAGCUUCUUCAAUUAUAACUAUAAUCUCUCUAACAUAAUUAACAUACUCAAACAAAGAGAUAACGCUCAAACUCAUUUCAACUUAAAGUACCUCGGAAAACAGGCUAAGAGUAAGGCGGUUACUUUUACAGCGGUUUAUGAUAUUCUUUACAACCAAAAGAAUAGUGUUCAAAUGGAACCAGUUGCUUUAGAAGUUAAUGAUGUAGCACCUAACAGUCCAUCGCGACGGGAAGAAAUAGUAAAACGAGCUACCUCAGGAAUCAAAUUAGCAAAAUCUCGAGUAUUGGACGUUAGCGCUCAAUUUGAGUCUUCGGAAAAAAUGGAAUUUGCUGCAACGAUCGCCGUUGGUUACAGCGAUAUUGACUCUAAGACGCAAAUUGCCAUUUUCAUGGGAAGAAAUUCAGACCAAUAUGGUCCCGGUCACAUUAAUGUUUUUAACAUCAUUAAUAAGCCAACUUCGAUAUCUCCAAUGAACUUCCAAGAAGCUCUGAAUAAUGAAUUAAAAAUGAACAUUGAAACAGACAUUCGCUAUAACCAAAAAGAAAACAUCCAUAUUAAGGCCACUGCUGAAAGAUCAAAGAAAUACACUGAAGACCUUCAAAACCAUCCUCUGGGUAAAGAAUGUAAACGUGAUAUUGAAAGCGGUAACAACUAUCAGCACAAUUGCCACAGGGCGAUUGUUAUGGCUCAUGCUCCCGAUAGCGUCAAGUUAACGGUUACUUACAAAGACAUAAAUCCAGUGUCAAGAAAUUUCUUCUACCAAGUAUUCAGAGUCGCUGACCGUUUCAGUAUGUGGCAGACGGCAAUGACUCCUCAAAAGGUUAACCCCGAUGGAAAGAUAGAUGUAACUGUAGACGCUUCAUAUUUAACACACACUUUGAACUUAGUUUUGAAUUCUCACCAAGGUGAAAUUCGCCUAAGAAAUAUACCUCUUCCAAUGGUUGCUCCUAGUGCUGUAGCCGUUUAUAAGCCUAUAUUUUGGUUUGAUCGUAUACUUAACCAUUACAGCAAGCAUCAAUACCAACCAUACUGCACAGUUGAUGGUAACAAAGUGAAGAGUUUCAGCGACCGUACUUUUAACUAUACAUUGACUCGAUCUUGGCACGUAAUGUUACAUGACAAUAGACCAGAAAGAAAUGAGAAAUUGGUAGUGAUGGGAAGGAGACCCAGCGAGAAUAAGCAAGAAAUGUAUAUCUCUUACAGAUCUCGUAGUGGCCAAGAGUUAGAAAUUGAACUGAAACCAGCUCCAGCCGGUCAAAAGAACUAUGUUGUGCAGGUGAAGACAAAUGCUAAAAAGAUAUCCGAGGGAGAGCAAACUACUUAUUGGGAUGACGUUGAUGAAAUUCCAAUCCUGGAGUACCACACUGAGGAAAAUGGUGUGUUAAUAAUGAGAAUUAGCGUUAACUAUCUCCAGGUAAUGUACGACGGUUCAAGACUUGUAGUUUUUGCAUACAGUAACCGCGAUACCAACAGAGGUAUCUGUGGGUCCAUGAACGGAGAGGCUCGUGACGAUUAUCUUUCACCGAAUGGUUUAAUUGACCAACCAGAAUACUACGCAGCCUCUUACGCCUUGAUUGAAGCUUCCAGCGAUCCCAAAGAAAAGGAAUUAAACGCUCAAGCCAAGAAAGUGGCUUACCAGCCGAAAAGAAAAUAUACCACUAUUCUACGUUCGGAUGAAGAAUGGCAGAAAAACAUGCGCUUGACGUCAAACGAGGAAUGGGGUUCUCAAAUAAUAUACAGAGCGAGAAACUAUUUAAAGAGCAAAGAGCCUUGUGAGUUGAGACCUCAAGUUCAGUAUUACGAAAACCAUGGUGAGAUUUGCAUAACAACGUCAGCCUUACCUGCUUGUCAAUCGCACUGCACUGGUGGUGAUUACAAUGUUCAAGCAGCUCAGGUUGUUUGUCGGUCUAAGCUCGACCAGCAAUUCCGUACAAACAGGGACCAAAUCCGUCAAGGUCAGAACCCAAAAGUCACCGGCGUUCCUCAGAUAACUCAAUAUAGAGUUCCUGCAUCUUGCAAGGCGUAAACUAAAUUUAGAAUAUUAUUUGACAAAAUGGCUUGACAAAUGGACGAAAUAUAUGUUAAUUACGUAUCUCUUAAUAUAGUAUCUAUAUUUUUAUUUUGGCUGUAUUGUAUAUAUUUAU